UUAGCUAAAUAUGUUUUUUUUCUUUUUCCUGUGACCAAUAGUAGUUAUAUGAUUGAACUUUUCAUGUGUGAUGGCGAAGGCUAAUGUUGUUAUCAAUCUUAUCGGUAUACUAGGUUUCUCUUUUUAGUUUUCCUGUGACAGAUAUUUAAAUCUUGGAUUUGUUUGAUCAGUAUUGCUUAUAUUCGCAGGAAGAGAGUUUGAGACAAGAAACUAUAGCUUUGAGGAAGUGAACCAUUUCAUGGCAGAACAACUGGCAGUGGGUCGUCUCUGUCAUCUCCAUCAAAAUUUAGGAGAGCUAAGGCUGCUGGAGAAGAAGCUGUUUUGAAAGAACUCCCUGAGAAUCUAAGUAUGUAAUAAAAUUACACAAACACCUCUAUUUCCUGAAUAAUCUUAAGGAUCGGAUCAUGAAUCGGUGGGUGCAGUUUGCAAAGAAAUAUAGUUUUCUUCCACUCAUUGGUGAUGGAUCUACCAAAAUCCAGCCUGUAUGUGUUGUUGAUGUUGCUUCUGCAAUCGUUGCGGCCUUGAAAGAUGAUGGCACCAUCAUGGGAAAAGUUUACGAGUUGGGUGGGCCAGAGAUCUUUACCGUGCAUGAACUGGCUGAGCUUAUGUAUGACAUGAUUCGUGAAUGGCCAUGCUAUGUUAAUGUACCUUUGCCCAUUGCAAAGGCAAUUGCAAUGCCCAGAGAGGUGUUAUUGAAGGAAGUGCCAUUUCCACUGCCAAAUCCUGACAUUUUCAAUCUGGAUCAGAUACAUGCAUUUGCAACCAAUACCGAUGUCUCAGAAAAUGCUUUAACUUUUAUGGAUUUGGGUAUUGUGCCUCAUAAGUUGAAGGGAUUCCCGGUUGAGUGUCUUAUCCAAUAUCGAAAGGGUGGUCAACAAUUUGGUUCUACAGUCAGCGAAAAAAUUAAUCCAGAAUAUUGGCCUUGAUUUUAUUUGGAUAUUUCAUUUCGUGAUAUUUUGGUCUAAAAAGGCCACCGAUCUGGAAACCCAAUACUGGUAUGUGAUGCCUUCAUUUCCUUAAGACAAGAAUGACCAAAAGAGUGCAUAGUUCUAGUUUCUUUUGUUGUGAAGAUGAAGAAUGUGAUUUUCGAGUGCAAGAUUUAGUAAAAUUCAGAUACUUGCUUCAUCACUGUGUAUAACAUUUGCCAUUUGAUCAUAGGUUUGAAGGGAGGGGCAUGUUUUCGUUGGCAGAAACUCGGAAAGAAUAAUAAAGGGCAAGGAUUCUUGGGUUAUUUCAGGAAUAUAUAAUAGUGAGAAAUAUUCAUCUCAUUUAUAAUUUAAAAAAAAAAUCAUCCUUGGGGGUUUGUUUCUUGUUAAAAGAAACCAUUUUAUCUGUUUCUGUUGGCAAUUCCUUUUCGUUGUACUUUUGAAUUUGGGGUUUUCUCAAAUUCCAUGGCAGUGAGAAAUGAUGCAGCUAACUGGAUCUUAGAAGAAGUUGGAU